GAAAGAUGUCUCCAAAGAAGUCUCGGAUCCUGUGUUUCCGUUCUUCGUUCGUCUCCCGCCCCCGUGGAACCUAGAGCGUCGGCUGGUGGCCGGCGUUCUUCCGCUUUCUCCUUGAGUUUUCGUUUUUGUGUGACCCUUCUGAAAGGAGCGUUCGUGGCAGAGUGACCGGAUUCCAGAAAACCGGAACUUUCGCGGAGAGAGUCCAGAGUUUGAGAGUGGCGCCUCGCCUUCAGGUGUUUCUGGACGCCUUCCGCACCCGCAGUCCUCCUUUUCAAAGCCUUUUCGAUGCUCUGUCGUUGUCUUUUCGGGAAAUAGGCGAGAAAAAAGGGACGCGAAAAAGCUGCCGACCUCCCGUGUGUGUUUGGAGCCGAAGAAAUCCGUGUUUUUCUGGCGCAAAGAGCGUCAGCUGAAACAGCAUGAAAAGAAGCAUGUGCGUGGCUCGUCGCUCGUCCGGGUGUACGUCCACUCUCCUGUUUGAGAACGCUUUUCGCUCUCGAAAAGACAACGCCGAAUUCUACAUCAAAACGACGAACGUGUCGAGACUUUGAAAUUUCGCUUUUGCUUCUCUCCUCACGGUCGACCCCGUCCAGAGACCUUUCUCUUGUUCUCCCCGUCGCGUUCUUCUGCUUUCAGUUUCUUCGUUUCUCCUUCUGUCGUAUCGCCUCCUAUUUUUCCGCUUGACUUCGUCCUUUCGUUUCUCUCUGAUCUCUGCACGUCCUUGCUCUCUCCUUCGGUGCCCAGAGUCGCCACGAGCAACAGGAAGUCUGCUUUUCGUGGACUUCCCCCUUCUUUGGAAACUUUCUGCGGAACCUGCGACUGAACUUUCAACUCAAAGCCAUGGCGACACCUCAGGAGAGCUCCGGCGCCGCCGCGCAUAUAGACACAGACUUGUACAGCAGACAGAUUGGAGCCUUUGGCUUGGAAACCAUGGGGAAACUCAUCACUCUCAGAGUCCUCAUUUCGGGCAUGAGAGGCGUCGGCGCCGAAUGCGCGAAGAAUUUGAUUUUAGCGGGUCCCAACACAGUGGUGCUCCACGACCCCGCGCCAUGCGAAAUGCGAGAUUUGGGAAGCAACUUUUGUCUCACUGAAGAACAUGUGAAGAAGGGUGUAAGCCGUGCAGAAGCGUCGAAAAAUUACCUCGCGGAACUGAAUCAAUACGUCACUGUAGACGUCCUGCCAGACGAAAAACUGACACAGGAGGUCGUCUCUCGGUUCGACGUGGUAAUUGUCACGGAGGCAGGAAACGAAGAGCUGAAGAAGACCAAUGCAUUUUGUCGCUCUGCCUCGAAGCCUGUGGGCUUCAUCGCGGCGAACGUAUUCGGCCUGGCCGCCUCGGUGUUCGUGGACCUCGGGGAGCGCUUCGUCUGUCUCGACAGCGACGGCGAGGAGCCUCGCGAAGUGAUUGUGGCGGGGAUCACGCAUGAACGCGCGGCGACUGUGCACACACACACAGACAAACUUCUGCCUUUCCAGGACGGCGACUUCGUCGUCUUCCGCGAAGUCCAGGGCAUGGAGAUCAACGACUUGCAACCCAUGCAGAUCCGUGUGACGGGGAAGCACAGCUUCCAGAUCGGAGACACCACCGCGUUCUCCCCGUACGUCUCCGGAGGCAUCGCGCGACAGGUGAAGAUGCCCCAGACGAUCCGCUUCAAGUCCUACGAGGCAUCGUGUCGCGCUCCCGUGGCUGCGGGUGAAGCGAUGCUGAUCGUCCCGGACCUGGGCAAGUUCGGACAGUCGGAGCAGCUUCACCUGGCCUUCCAAGCGGUCUUGAAUUUCCGCGACCGGAACGGCGGAAACGCCCAUGCGCUUCCUCCCCACCCGCUCGACGCGGCUCGCGCAGGCAGCCAGCAGGCAGCUGUGGCUGCGUGCGUUGCGGAGGCGCAGCGCCUGAAUGGGGAGGCGAAGCAGCUGGCGGAACGAGGCGAACAGGGAGUGGUUUUCGUCGAUCAGGUCGACGAGAAGCUCGUCGCGAACGUCGCCGCCUACGCCCAGUGCCAGAUCUCGCCGAUGGCUGCGUUCGUCGGCGGCGUGAUUGCUCAAGAAGUCGUCAAGUUCACCGGAAAAUUCUCGCCGCUGCGCGGCUUCCUCUACAUGGACGCCUUCGAGGCGCUCCUCUCUCCGGAGGCAAAGGCCGCAUUGGGAGAGACAGGAAAACACCGAGAAAAGUACAGCAUCGACAGUCGCUACGCAGAUCAAGUUGCACUCUUCGGAUCCGAGUUCCAACAUGCUCUCGGACGCACGCAUGCCUUUGUUGUCGGGGCCGGCGCGCUCGGCUGUGAGCUCCUCAAAAGUCUCGCUCUCAUGGGCUGCGGGUGCGGACCUGAAAAAGAAGGAAAAGUCACUGUCACAGACAUGGAUCGAAUCGAAGUCUCCAACCUCAAUCGACAGUUCCUCUUUCGCAGAGAACAUGUCGGGAAGGCCAAGAGCGUCACUGCCGCCGCUUCUGUGCAAACCAUGAAUCCUGACCUUCAGAUCGUGGCUCUCGAAGACCGCGUCGGAGUCGAGACAGAGGCAACCGUCUUCACUGACGACUUCUGGCGAAGCCAGCACAUCAUCGUCAAUGCUCUGGACAACAUUCAGGCGCGACAAUAUGUCGAUGGUCGCUGCGUCUGGUUCGGCUUGCCUCUGCUCGAAAGUGGAACUCUUGGAACCAAGGGAAAUGUUCAGGUGGUGCUACCCUUCAUGACGCAAUGUUACUCCGACAGCGCAGAUCCUCCCGAGGAGUCGAUUCCUCUCUGCACGCUUCGCCAUUUCCCGCAUGCAAUUGAGCAUACCAUCGAGUGGGCUCGAGAUUGCUUCCAGGGUGUCUUUUGCGACGCCGUCAGCGAGCCGAACAAGUUUCGAGAAAACCCACAAAAGUACCUCGAACGCCUCCGAGGAGAAGGCAUUCUCUCAGUGCAGAAGGACCGACUGGAGAAGAUUCGGGACCUGGUCUCUCAGUGGCAGGACAAAGAGACGAAGGCGUUUUCUCCGCCCUCGUUCGAACGCUGCGUAGAGAAGGCCGUUUUUCUCUUUCAAGAUUUAUUCUUCAAUCAAAUCUCUCAACUUCUCUACUCGUUCCCGCUGGACCACCGCACUUCAGAAGGCACUCUGUUUUGGGCUCCGCCCAAGCGGCCGCCGACGCCGAUCUCCUUCGACGCGAACGACCCUGCUUCUCUCGACUUCGUUGUCGCAGCAUCCAACCUCUUUGCCUUCAACUUUGGCCUGCCGGCGGUGAGGGAUGUAUCGAAGAUUCAGGCGAUUGCGGCGAGGGUGGCGAUUCCUCAGUUCACUCCCAAGAGGCUGCACAUUAAUACGGACGACGCGGAGAAGCCGAACGGAAGCGGCCCUCCAGGAGCGUCUUUCGCUGCACCCCAUCCGAGUCUCUCUCUUAGCGCGGAAGCUGAGGAAGAAGUCGUCGCUGGUCUGGAAAAACAUCUCCUGGCCACGGCGGAUCUCGAGAAGAUGGUCUUCGUCCCGGUCGAGUUCGAGAAGGACGACGACACGAACUUCCACAUCGAUUUGGUGCAUGCAGCGUCGACGCUUCGCGCGAUGAACUACAAGAUUCCGUGCUGCGACAGAAACAAGACCAAGAUCAUUGCAGGGCGCAUUAUUCCGGCGAUCGCCACAACAACGGCGAUGAUCACGGGUCUCGUCUCUCUGGAACUCCUCAAGACGGUCACUUACAAACAGCGAAAACUGGAGGAUUUCAAGAACGCCUUUGCCAACCUCGCCCUCCCUCUGUGGCUCUUCAGCGAGCCUAUGCCGCCAAACCGCGUAGUCGACAAGGAUUUUGACCCCGUUGCAUGCGGACCCAUCCGAGCGAUGCCGAAAGGAUUCUCUUGCUGGGACAAGAUUCAAGUCGACAUCCCUGGAUGCACCGUGCAGCAACUCUGCGAGUUCCUGGAGGAGAAAUUUGAUGUCGAAGUCAACAUCCUUUCUGUCGGAAACUUCUGUCUCUACAACAGCUUCCUCCCAGUCCACAAACAACAACGCUUCAAAAGGUCCAUUGUCGAGCUCAUCGAGGAAGUAACAAAGACUUCCGGGCAAAAGUCCGUGGCGGUGGAGAGCAGCUGCAGCGCUAAGAGCGAUGGCGUCGAUGUGCUGCUUCCCACAAUUUGUGUACUCAACAAAUGAAGUGUUCCCUGUGAAGGCACUGACGCAAGCGGCUUCUGUGCUAUAGUUGCUGCUGCGAGUUUCUCCCCCAGCGUGUCGGGAGCGCGUAACGGAGAAGUUCGCUACGCUUGUUUUGUCGGCGCGCAUCCACCAGUGAAAACCCCAGGAGGUUUCGUGCCUCUCUUGCUUUCAAAGAACCAGUGAUCAACGGACAGACAUAUGCCGCUAUUUAGCCUUUCUCGGACUAAGGGGACCGAGUCGCCGUGUCAAAUCCAGAAGUCCGAACUCGCAUCUUUCACUCGGUUACAACAAACGCCGCAAACGACGUCACAUAGCGAGCUCACAUGUGCUGCCUUCCACUGUCACCCUCUGCUACUUUCGAGCGCAUGCGGCGGAGGCGUUGCCCUUUCGGCACCAACAGAGCCGUUUCUCGUUCUGCCUCGCUGUGCACGAUCAAGUGCACUUCACUCGAGAUGUAUGCUUACACAUGUGUAUAUCGUGAGCAGAACUCGAGGAAGAAAAGCUGAACGGAGUCACAGUGCGUGUCGCGUAGGCAGGCACCUUGUUGCCCUAGCCAGCACAUGUAUCGAGACAGCACGGAAAAGGAUUUAGCGCUCCCCGAAAUUUGCCCGGCGUACCUUUGGUAUUUCAGCCUGCAAACAGUCCAUGCGACACGCAGAAGAUUGUGGCGGCAAGACGGGGAGGGAAAUCAGAAAAGAAUACGGCAAAUUCCAUGCAGACCAGUGGAGAAAUCACGGAGAGCUGUAGGGAACAUUCUGGAUUACCCUCGGCCGCGCGGCGAAACUAACGUCGACGUCCAGUCCGCGCAUGCACACGCACAGCGGAUCUUGGGGGGGGAAGUACGCUGUUUAGCU